UUAGGCUGGGCCAUGAAUAAUGUCAUCUUCACCAAACAUUCAGGCAAACUUCCUUUAAACUCCACGCUUCAACUCCCUUCACGCAUCUUCUUAGUUAUUAUGUCACUGCGUGUUCUUGGUGUUGUGUGUGCAAAAAAACAGGCCACAACUUCCCAUUUUUGAAAACUAAUGGCUUCUUUAAUCCUCCCUAACCAAAGCCCACCAUCAUCUUCAUCUUCAUUUCUCACCAAAAGUGAAAGAAAGUUCAAGAAAAUUCAAACCAUAGUUCCUGUUGCAAGAUUAUUUGGGCCUUCAAUAUUUGAAGCUCCAAAGUUGAAGGUUUUGUUUAUAGGUGUUGAUGACAAGAAGCAUCCUGGGGAUCUUCCAAGAACAUACACACUUACACAUAGUGAUGUAACUUCUAAUUUGACUCUUGCAAUCUCUCAAAGCAUCAAUAAUAAUCAGUUGCAGGGUUGGUAUAAUAAAUUUUAUAGAGAUGAAGUUAUAGCAGAAUGGAGGAAAGUGAAAGGGAAUAUGUCUCUUCAUGUUCAUUGUCACAUAAGUGGUGGUCAUUUUUUCCUAGACUUGUGUGCUCACCUCAGGUUCUACAUAUUCACUAAAGAACUCCCAUUGGUGUUGAAGGCAUUUGCUUAUGGAGAUGGGAAUUUGUUAAAGAAUUACCCCGAGCUGCAAGAAGCUUUAGUUUGGGUUUACUUUCACUCAAACGUUAAAGAAUUCAAUAGGGUUGAAUGUUGGGGCCCACUUAUGAAAGCAUUGUCGUCGUCUUCAUCAUCGUCGUCGUCAUUUGGAUCUACCAUUGAUGAAGGGGAAUCAAGCAAUUGGGAGGUACCAAAGGCAUGCCUAGAAGAAUGUUCAUGUUGUUUCCCACCAAUGAGUUCAAUCCCUUGGUCUCAUGAUGAUGAUGAUACCAACCAAUGGUUGCAACAAAAAUGUUGAUCAAGAUUCUCUAGCGGGGUUUAUUUAAUAUGAUGUAAAAUGAAAUCACAAAAAUGUUUCUAAAAAAUGUUUAGUUAGGGGUUAAUUAAUAACUAUUGAGAUUAUUCGUGCUACUCGGCAUGAAUUUUGUCAAGUAUUUAAUUCGUUACGGUACCGACACUCGUUGUAGCAAAUGAAAGAUAAAAAUAAAUAUGUGGCAACGGUAUUAUUCAGAAA